UGAAGUGGAACUAUCACAUGAACCAAAGAAAUACCAGGAAGAUGUUGGUCAUUUGUGUUUUUGCUGUGAGUAUACUGACGAUAGUAGCAGCUCUGGAUAAUGGGCUAGCCCUCACACCACCAAUGGGCUGGCUUGCCUGGGAGAGAUAUCGCUGUAUAGUUGACUGUGAAACAUAUCCGAAUGACUGUGUCAGUGAACAGCUCUUCCGUCGUACAGCUGAUCUGUUGGUGUCAGAAGGCUAUGCAGAUGUUGGAUAUGAGUACAUCAUUAUUGACGACUGCUGGCUGGCCCAUGAACGAGGCAGUGAUGGUCGGCUUCAGCCUGAUCCCCAGCGCUUUCCAAGUGGCAUCAAGGCUCUGGCUGACUAUAUUCAUUCUCUAGGUUUGAAAUUUGGCAUCUAUGAGGAUUUUGGGAACUACACAUGUGCAGGUUAUCCUGGUGUGGUGGGCCACAUGAAGACAGAUGCACAGACAUUCGCUGACUGGGAGGUUGACUAUGUGAAACUGGAUGGCUGCUAUUCAGAACCUGAGGAUAUGGACACAGGCUACCCUGAGUUUGGAUCCUACCUCAAUGAGACUGGACGUCCCAUGAUCUACUCUUGCAGUUGGCCAGUGUAUCAGGAGUUUGCAGGCAUUGAGCCUAACUUCACGGCUCUGAAGCAGUACUGUAACUUGUGGCGCAACUACGUUGAUAUAGAUGAUUCAUGGGAAGAAGUAGAAAUCAUCAUGGACUAUUUUGCAGAGAAACAGGACAGUAUUGCUGAACAUGCUGGACCUGGCCACUGGAAUGACCCUGACAUGCUAAUUAUUGGGAACUAUGGCCUGAGCUAUGACCAGAGCAAAGUGCAGAUGGCCAUCUGGGCAAUCCUGGCUGCUCCAUUGCUGAUGUCUACAGCACUCAGAGAUGUUAAACCCGAAUACAAAGACAUCCUGCAAAAUAAAGCCAUCCUCGCCAUCAACCAGGAUGAACUUGGUAUCCAAGGACGUCGUGUUAACAAUACAGGACUGAUUGACAUCUGGACUCGCCCCAUCAGUCCUGAGUUUGAUGGUGAAUAUUCAUAUGCUGUGGCAUUUGUGAGCCGUCGGAUAGAUGGAUAUCCAUAUCUUAAAUCCGUAACGCUGGCUGAAAUAGGGCUUACCAGUGCAUGUGGGUAUGAGUUUCAGGAUCUCUACAGUCCAAAUACCCAGCCUCAAAUUUUGGGUCCAGACUCAGUCCUAACUGUUCGAAUAAAUCCAUCAGGUGUCGUAUUCUACAGAGCCACUAUUGUUGGAGCAAGGUAACCUAUACUUCUCAAGGACACUAAGCUAGA